CACUUUUUUUGUUAUGUGAUCAUGCUAAGUAAGCGAUCCUUAUAAAUAAAUAAGUGGGUACGACCUUUAGCGUGAAUCGAUAAACUGAAGUGACUUACUGAUUAACAUCUUAGCCUGUUGACAAUUGGUGUCAAUUCUUACAUCGAACCAAAUCUCCAAACCAUCAUAGACUGAUGGUAGUGGGCUUAUCCACUGGAAAUGUAUGUAAUUACGCAUAUAUCUCAAACCCAUCUGGAGCUGUCGGUGCCUGGUGAGACUAUUCAUUCCAGCGAGUUGAUCCGCCUGCCCGUCUCCCCUCCAUCCCGGCCUGAUGACGUCACCGUGGGCGCGGUGGCGGCCGUGUGACGUCACCAGGGGGUCCGCGGCGGGUUCUGGGUCAGCGAUAGUGUCGAGCGGCCGGCCGCUCCAGCGGCGGCCUGCAGUCGGCCCGCUCACGUGAACCGGUCAACAUGAGGUCCCUGGUGCUGCUCGCUGCCCUGACGCUGGCCACGGCCUCCCCCCAACAGGCGGUCAACUCCAUCGGCUCCGGAGGCCCCGUCUGUGGAGAUGCGUCUGCCCCGGAGGCCAGCAAGCCGCAGAACCUGCGCGUCUCGGAGCUCGUCUCCUGGGUGCGGAUCACCUGGGACCGACCGGCCUGCGAGGGCGACCUCAACUCCUACAUCAUGGUCGUGCUCGGAGGCACCACCAGCUACGACACAGAGAUCAAGUGUGACGAGAAGCAGUGCACGUACGACCUGAACCCGGCCGUGUGUGACUACUGCAUCCGUCCCGGUGUGGACUACACCUUCUCAGUGGCGGCUGUGCUGGAGGAUUCCAACCUGGGACCGGCUGCCACCAUCAACCAGGCUGUCGACGUGGAGACGUGCCCCAACUUCGUGGCGCCUCUGCACACGACCACGCUGUGCCGCGGUGUCUCUGAGGUGAACGCCAAUGGCGACUGUAACAACGACAUUCUGUGGAGCAAGGGCUCCAUGUGCCAGGCCAAGUGCGAGGAGGGCUACGGCUUUUACGACCCGCCCGCCAAGAAGUACUCGUGCGGCGCCGGCGGCGAGUGGAGCCCGGCCGGCAGCGCGCCAGAGUGCUACCAGAUUGUACCUGUGUUCUCUGCCAACCUGCAGUACAAGAUCACCUACCAGCGCAACUCGGUCGAGUCGCUGAAACACCAGUUCGAUGGACUCGUCUACAAAUACAACGACAUCUUCUGCCCGUACCCGGAGGAGUGCGGCAUCUCCAACCUGGAGGAAACCAACUCGUUGGACAAGGACGGCGCUCCUCUCACCGAGGUUGUGCUCACCAUCGACACACCCGUCUACAACAUCACUGACCAGGAGGGCUUCGUCGACAUCGUCGGCGAGGCGCUCAGCACCGUCACCGAGGACAACGCCUUCAUGACCCUCAUCGACUACGACAACAUUGAGCUCGUGCUUCCCGUGCUCAGCCGCCAGGGCAAGCGGACCAAGGCCGAGCCGAUGCUGUGCUGCCAGAAGUGCCCAGAUGGCCACGCUUACCGGCUCGGACACUGCGUGAACUGUCCGAACGGAGUGUGCAACUGAGAAGAGCCGUUACCAGCCGCUGACCUGACCCCGGCCACUGUGACCUGAGCGUGACCUAGCCGGCGUCAGGUCAGCCCUGAGGUCAUCCUCUAGGUCAGCGGUGGACGCGUGACGCAGGUCUCUGCUCUGCGGCGACCUGACCUGAGCCGUGCCCCGGGGAGACUCGCGGUGCCGCGGUCAAAUACUCUGCGCGGACCCCGAGCCGCCGUGCGGCAGGCCGCGCGGAGUGUCCCGAGGACCGAUUGGUCCGCACCGGCGGACCGAUCGGUCCAGUGGUGUGUCUGAGAGCGCUGUAAGGUGUGUGGAACUGUGAGCGCCGACCGCGACCCGGCCCCGCGGUCGUGUGUGUCGUGAGCACGGACAGUAUGCCUCUGCAGUGACCUGGUGGGUUGUGUAGGAACAUGACGAGCCCACAGCGUUGAUCGGGCUCCACAGUGCGUCCGUGAGGAGUUUACCGCCGGGAGAGUGGGUGCAAGCGUCGAAAUAUGCUCAACGUUUUACCCCCAUUACAACACGAACCAAAUCUGCCCCCGCUGCACAGUAGCUCAGAAAUACCGGACUCUCGUCGGGCUGACGCGCCGGGCCCGUACGCUCGCUCCGUCCUCCCGACUUCAUUGUAUGGUCAUCAUCCGUAUUUAUUGUUACCGAGUAUAUCGAUAGGCCUACUGGCGGACGGCAAAGUAUUUCCAUGAGGUGUAGACUGCUGUUCGUUGUUGCUAGUUUCAUGACUGUGUGCUUCCAGCAGUGUUUGUAAAUAAGGUGACCAAAACAAUAAAACACUAUCGUGUUCA